AUGCCUCGCAACACCUCCGCCUCGCCAAGAAGAAGGUCCCGUACCCGGGAAGAAGACCGUUCUGCAAGAAGAGGGAAGAAAGACUAUCCCAGACCUGACCAUGUCCGUGACUCCGGUUAUGAGCGCGAUUCAGGCAGGCGAAGGGAUCACGAUGAUGAUAAUAGACCUGCCAGACAUGAUGAUUACCGUAGAAGAGACGAUCGUCGUGACCGCGAUCGUGAUUAUAGAAGGCCCAACCGCGAACGGGAUGGAGAAGGUCAAGAUAACUAUGACCGCUCCAGCAGGCGCCGAAGUAGAGACCUCCCAGUCGUCUCUCGUCGCUCUGCGUCCCCGAAACGUCCGUCUUCUAUCCAACCCUCUGCUCGCCCACGCUCUAGGUCUCCGUCCCGGUCCAAGUCUCGUCCGCCUGUCGACAAGGCCAAACCCAACUUCGCUAAUUCCGGGUUGCUGGCUGCAGAAACAAAUGCUGUCAAGUUGACUGAUGGUACGAGCACAAUCCUAAAAUAUAACGAGCCUCCGGAAGCAAGAAAACCCACUCUGGGUUGGAGGCUGUACGUGUUCAAAGGAAGCGAGCAAGUUGAAUUGCUCCAUAUACAUCGCCAAAGCGCGUAUCUAAUAGGACGUGAUCGUACUGUCGCAGAUAUCUUUAUUGAACAUCCCUCCUGCUCGAAGCAGCAUGCUGUCAUCCAGCAUCGUCAGGUAAUGGAAAAGGAUGAAUUCGGUGGCUCAAAACCGAAGAACAAGCCUUUCAUUAUCGACCUCGAGUCAACAAAUAGUACACAUGUCAACGAUGAGGCAAUUCCGACAUCACGGUUCUACGAACUUAAAGCGGGCGAUGUCAUCAAAUUUGGAUUGUCAAAUCGGGAAUAUGUCCUUUUGCAUGACGAUGCAGCCUGA